AAGUAUUAACAAAAUGAGUUGUCAUUUGUACUAUAUAUAGUAUACAAGGUCAAUUUGGUAAUUGAGAGUUAUAAGGUAGGAGUACCAAACGAAUCGAAUGGAUUGAUAUUAAGGCCAUUCACAUCUAUUUGUCUUCUUUCUCCAUCUCUCUUUGUGCACACAGAGAGAAGCUGAUCAACAAGAAGUUCACAUCUCAUCCUUCACACUUCACCACCAUGACGGAAAAGGUGACGUUUAUGAUGUUGAACACAGUGGACUUGCAGUGUCAUAGCUGCUACAAGAAGGUGAAGAAAGUGCUCUGCAAAUUCCCUCAAAUUAGGGACCAGAUAUAUGAUGAGAAGGGUAGUAGAGUCAGAAUUAAGGUGGUAUGCUGCAGCCCUGAGAAGAUUCGUGACAAGCUUUGUUACAGAGGUGGUAAAUAUAUUAAGAGUAUUGAGAUUUUGGAGGAUCCUAAGCCUAAACCUCCGGAGAAGCCUAAGGAACCCGAGAAACCAAAAGCUCCGGAGAAGCCUAAAGAGCCUGAGAAACCCAAAGCUCCCGAGAAGCCUAAGGAGCCUGAGAAACCUAAAGCCCCGGAAAAGCCUAAAGAGCCUGAGAAGCCUAAGGAACCAGAAAAGCCUAAAGAGCCAGAAAAGCCUAAACCUCCUGCUGAUAAGCCUGCGGAAAAACCCAAGCCAAAGGAACCGGCUCCAGCCCCUGUUCCGGUUCCAGUACCAGUUCCAGUUCCUGCCCCUGCCCCGGCCCCAGCCCCAAAAGGACCUGAGCCGGUGCAAGUGAAUAUGUGUGAACCGGUUCAAGGAUAUCCGGGAUAUCCACCCAUACCCAUGUAUCCAAGCGGGGUAUGUUGUGGGCCUUGUUACGAUGGCUAUGGUGGGGGGCCAUGUUUUCACGGGUAUGGACGGCCUGUUCCACCUCCUCCAGCUCCAUGUUACGAUUAUGGAUAUGGGUACCGCGGGAGCAAAUGUUGUGUGAACACUGAUUACUUCAGUGAAGAAAAUCCACAAGGGUGCACAAUCAUGUAAGAGUGGUGGGAUGUCAGCUUCAUGGCCCCUGGUACUACUUCUCCAAGUAACUUUUCCUUGAAAGUUCUUACCAUCUGUUUUGGUGAAGGUAUAUGGGUUUUUUUAGUGGUAAAGAAAACAAGUUCAUUAGUAUGUAGAAAGAAUGAUUAUAAUAAGGUUAGUGACCAUUUGGUUGUUGACAAUGAGAUCAAGCAACAUAUCUUCAAUUUUGAUUAUGUUGAAGUUUCUAAUAUUCAUGUACCUGUACUUAAGUGUAUAAUAACAUAAAGUUCAACUAUUUUAAGAUA